CGUGUGUGUGUGUGGGGGGGGGGGUGUUUGCCCACACAGCUCAGCGAUUCCCCAAAUCAAGUACAUGUCACUGAGCCCUGUAGCUUCUGACCUGCUCAGCAAGCCUGCCUGUGUGUAGGCUGGCUUCAUGGACUGACUGAUCUGCCAGGAUUAGCCCCACCUGGCACAAACAGGGUGGGGCUCAUUGGACUGUGCUGUUGGCGGGGAGCUGAGGGCUGAGGUGGCCUGCAUUGGAGAGAAGGCAGACACCACACCUUCAUUCUCAGCCCUCCCCCUUGGACCCACCUGGCCUUGCAGCCUACCUGCUGCUAAGAGCUCACAUCCUGGAAGGAGAGAGAAGCUCCUUCUGUGUGGGAGGAGAAGUAGGAGAAUGGGGGGUGCUCUCCAAGGAGCUGUGUGGGGACUCCAGCAUCCUUCGCCUAAUGAAACCUUCCACCUUUCUGAGCCGUAUUGCAAAUUUGGUGCCCCCAAAGGGGAGCUGGAAACAUGCGCUGCAGACCCAGCAGACAAUGGAAACAUCCAAAUGGACACUUGCAAGUCCUCACCCUGUUGCUAGGCUCCACCCUCUCCUCUCUUUUCUUUGUUCUUUCCCUCAGGCUUUUCUGUUUCACCUCACUUUUCUUUUUCUUGACCACCACCACCCCCAGCCCCACACACCUAUCUCAUUUUCCUUUUCUACACCCCGUUUUACCUCCGCUUUCCCUGAUUUCACGUCUCCCGGCUGGCUCUCUCUGUCUGAUUCUCGCAGGUUUUACUUCCUCUCUUCUGUCUUUCUGCCAUCCUUGCACCUCGGAUUUCUUCUCCCUCAGCCCCACACAUAAAAGCUGGCAUCUGAGCACUCUUCCUCCCAAUGUCUACCUGAGUGGAGGCACAACUAGAAAUAGAUCCUGCCUCUUGGCUGAAAGGGCCAGCUGCCAUAUGUGGACACAGAAGUCAGGGGUCUCGAUGACAGAUAAGCAAGAGAUCACAGAGGAGCCAGGCACGGCCAAAGACUUGCUUGCUGACUGAUUCCACCUGUAGCUGGAGACAUGCAGAGGCACUCGGCCCUCGCUGACUGCAAAUCUCCUUAUAAAACCGUCCUCCAGAAUACUCAUUUCCCAGGUCUUUGCUGCCUCUCACCCUCUGUUAAUCCCAGUUGUCUCCUUUCACCCUCCACCUCUCACCCUGAAUGAAUUACAGAAGCAUUAUUGACUCUCUACCGAGCCCAGAUAAUUAACUCACAGAAGCCAAGUGCACAGGAGACUCUGCUGAGCAGCGUUUAGUGAUUCCCUCCUGACUGCCAUUCUCUUGGACUCCUGCUGUCACACUGCAGGGUCCUUCCAGAAACUCAGCGGUACCAGAUGUCCUGCGACCCGCCUACAAAUGUCUUCCUGCUGCUCCCUCUUCCUCUGUUCCCCGAUUUAAGGUCACCAGGUAGACGUGGCUCCUGUGUCUGCCCUCCAUGGCCCAGUGCUGCCCUUUUCCUGGUUCUGUGGAUGGUCUAACUCAUUUUGGGACAGGGAGCAGAACAGAACGACGUGGAGGAGGCAGAUAGAAAUGACAGGCAGACACUGGGAAAGAAGGGCAGGUGGGAAGCUGAGAGGUGACAAGGGAUCUCCAGCCGGCCUGAGCUACAGAUAUGAGGAGCUAUGUCUGGUUUAUCUUUCCAUUUUAUCUUCAUGUGUUUUCACAUCCGGAGGGUGCUGAGCAGCUGCCAUCGAAGGCAGAGCCCUGCAGAGUCCUGCUUCAAGUAACACUGGGAUUUCUCUCCGCCAAUUAAAAUCCUGCUCUCUUCCUAAAGCUGAGACCAAUGCCCUGGGCUUGUCUGAUUCGGGGGGUGUGUUCCACACAGUAAGCGUCACCCCCAUAUUUGCCCACUCUGACGGCACCAGUGUGCUUUUCCAUGGGCACGGGCCUGAGCAUGGCUGUUCCCCUAGACACAACUGCCCGGGUUUGAUCAGGAAGCUCUGGACUGGGCCACCUGGUCACCGGAGCCACCUGGAUCAGUGCACAUGAGCAUGAGGUGCCCCUAUCCUCCCAGUGCAUGAGCCCUUGGGUGGAUAGACAACAUUUUCAUGCAGUGCAUUGUGUAUGUGUCUAUGUUCUUGUGUGCCAAGGGCUCAUCAGGAAACUUCAGUUCAACUUCCCCCCCAGAUCUGCAGAACUGCCCCCCAAUAGUCCAUUCCUGGUUUUUCAGGAAGCCCUUGCCCUGCUCCUGUGGCUUUGACCUGGUUCUCUGUUUUCCCUUAGUCUGCUCUGUUUUCUCUUAGUCAGUUCCCUACAGCUGCCCUGAGUCCCUCCCAGGCCUGAUUACAUCCACUCUCCUCCUAACUGUCUCUGUGUUGCCUGAGCUGGUUGGACUCUGGCCCUUGGGAAGGACACCCCAUCUCCCCUUCUCAGCACUGCUGACAGCCCUCUUUAUAAUCUCUCUCCUGACACCUGGGGUAGUGCUUGCUGUAGCUGUUCUGCUGCCUGAGGCCCUAUCGUUGCACUGGAAGUCCUUCUAAUAGGUAAAGGCUUUGCAAUCCCCAGCUCUAGGCACAGUUAGAAAUGCCCUGGCCAGAUUCAGGACAGUGAGAGUCAGUGCAGGGUUGCUGACCAUCGUGAGAACACCUCAGGCCCGUUAGAGUAGCCUGGGUCUGAUAGGAAGCCACCCUGCACCCCCCUGCCCACUCCACAGCCACCUUCUUCAUCUGUCUCUCUUCUGCAUUUUACUUUUACCUAUUUAGCCAUGAUGGCAAACCACCUUGGCCUCAAGAGUGGAUCUCAUGAGGGGAAAUGGCUGGACCCCAGGGACACAUGGGAAGGCCGAGGCAUGAGAGCUUCUGGUCUCUAGCCAGGGACAUGCAGGUCAAGACGAGGUUUGAAGGCCGUGCCAUCUACAACUGCCCUGAGCCCCUCCCAGGCCUGAUUACAUCUAAUCUCACUGGACCAUCCUAGUUUUACUCGUCAAGGCCCCCAGCUUGGGAGGCACAGCCUUAAUAGACAUGAGAUGGAGGGAUAAGCAGGAACAGGGCUUCAGCUUCAGUGGGGGGCCAAGGGCAGAGUUGGAGGCUGGAGGGGUGCAGUCUGUCCCUGAAGGUGGCCCCUGCUAGGCUCAGUGGGCUUGCAUCUCAGAUGAAGCAAACAGCCGCAGCGGUCUUCCCAGUGCCUCAGGUGGGCGGGUGUACUGUCCCCAUCUGCCUCACCUCUCUCCUGGAGGCCAGUCAGCUCCAUGGCAACCUGGAAAGAGCAUGCCUGAAAUCAGAGCUUUUCUGAACCCAGACCCUGGCAGCUGCCUGAGACUUAGCACCCCAGUUGUCUGAUGCCCCUGGUUAGGGAUGCUGGCUUUUUGGUGGGGAGGAAGGGACAGUGCCCAUCCUGUGGAAUGACCAAGCAGGUCUGGCAGGCGUAAGAUGGCGAGCAAGAGAACAAAGCUUUGUAGAAAUGACAUUCACAUAUUUGGGGGAUAGUGAAGUGCUGAAAGGGGAACUGCAGUGACAACCUUGUUGACCUGCUGUUAUUUUCCAGGGACAGACUGCCCCCUCUACCUUUGUUCAUCUCCCCUCUGUUAUUUACCCAUUAGACUGAAGAUUUUUCCUGACCCCUGCCCCCCCACAGCCACCCCUAACUUUCUGCAGUGUGGUCGUUUCGCCAGAGGAAACCCACUCCCACCCACUCCUCUCUACCUUUCUGUAUUAUACCCACACCUACACCAUCUUUCUUUUCUUUGCUCAGUCACUUCCCCCUGUCUCCACUGUCCCUUUGUCCCGCGCCUGGCUCCUCCCUACCCGGAUUUGGUUGGAGGGCCUUUGAUUUCUUUCUAGGGGAGGCCAAUACUCCACCAAAAUCCAUCUGUUUUUCUCCUGGGCUAUUCCUCACUUUCCCUCCCCCAUUCCUGUACCCAAGGAGGGGAGUACCACUUGGUCCCAGCUCCCAGUGUUUGCCAUAGAGUUAAUGUUUAGCCCAGGGCCAAUUCCCUCUCCUCAGGCUUGGAGUUACUACGGCCUUGCCCUGCCCAGCUAUGUGAGGGGGUGUAGGAGACAAAGGCUGACACACUGAGACUCAUUUCCCAGGGGCUAGACUCUCUGCCUGUAUCCUCCACCUGCCUCACCCCAUUGUAACCCAAAGAGUCAUCUUCGCAUUUGACCCACAGCAAUACUCAGAUGCUUCUGGGGAAUUACUGUAAGGAAUCAACCCUGUGGGCCUAGAUCUUGGGGUCUGGUGUGGCCCAGGACAGACAUUUUCCAUUGAAUUGCUGACGUCUCCUGUGACACAGCUGAGGACAGGGCUGACACAGGGCAAAGAGAAGCUCAGAUGUACAGUUUGGAGAGUGUUGGCAGGCACUGGGCACUGAGAAGUCAUGUAUAUACAAUUGGGGAUCUAUGUGGGCGUGGACUCAUAAGAUACUGUGUAAAUAGGAACAGUUUUAGAGGCGUAUUAGAAAUACAUUCAUUUGAUAAAUAGUUUUUUCCGCAUCUGAUAUUUGAAACAUGUCGUACUGAGUGCUGUAGAAGAUAUAAAUGUGUUUGAGGUGUAGAUCCUUCCUGAUAAGUUAGUUAUGUGAUGGAGUAAUUACCUUGCAUAGUGUACAUGCGUGGAGGCAGUGGCUGUAUACAGGGUGUGUACAUGAGAGUGGGGUACAGAAGUCUGGGGAAGGAUUCAGACUUUUCCUCUACUUUCUCCAACACUGUUUAACCAGGAGACCCCAGGUUCCUCUGAAUCAGAAUCUUUGGGUUUGGGAGUCAAGAACCUACAUUUUCAGUGCGUUCAUUAGGACCUUUGUAAGCACACCAAAGCCUUAGUGCUGCUGCAUCAAAUUGCUGAGACUCCUAGGACAAAGGCACCAUUCGUCAUGUGCAGGCUUCAGGCCCUCCUCACAAGGUGGACUUAGCUAGGAAGGGUGAGGGUGGGGCCCCAUUUGUUUCAAAAACCUGACGUUUCCUGGGAAUGCAAGUCUUCCCAACCCCAGUGUUAAUCUGAUCCUGGUCCCCAGCUUCUCUGUCUGGAACCCCUCUUGCCCCCAUUGGCCUGACUCCCAUUCCUCUCCCGGAGAUCUCAGCUUCUCUGCAUUGGGCUGUCUCCUUUUGACCUGGGGCCAAGUUCUCUGCUUUUAGCAUUGCUACUUGGCCCUCAAGGUCUGAGCAGCUGCCUGGGAAUCCUCUUGGCUUUGUUUCCCUCCUGCUAGAGCUGGAGGCAGGGCAGGGCCCCUGGAAAGGAAGGAGAUGCCUUAGACAGGCCCCAGAGCUGUUGACCUCAACUUCUCCAGGCAAUCUGCUCAACUUCUCCCAUCAGCACGUCUGCUAUCAGAUGAGUAAAACUUCCAAAUCUCCUGUUGCUGCUGCCAUAGGGAAGUGGGUGGAUGGAUGCGUCAGCGAGGGGAGAGUGUGUCUGCAAGAAGUCCCUGGUUGUUUGAGUCUCAAAUUUCACAUUUCAUCAUAAGAGCAGUGCCCCUGGCACCUUCUUGUCUCCCCUCACCCCCACUUGGCGCCUUGGCCAGCUACUUUCCAUUGCAGGAAACAUCUGUUGGGAGGCCAGGCAGGCCAGGGGUUACUGGAGGACAUUGGCCAGUACCAUCACCAGAUCCUGUAACUUGAAGCAUGUGUAGGGCUCUGGUCCUGCCCGCACACCCGCCCUGCCUCUCUCCCUCCCUCCCGCCACUGGAGACUCUAACAAAGAAGUUGUUUGCUGGUCAGCCAAGAGGAGCAUGUCUGGGAGGAAAGGGGUGUGUGUAGGGGUGGGGAUGAGAGCAGGCCCUAUUGCCACAGCCAUUGGUGGCCGCUCUGCCUGGGUAAGGGCAGUGAGUCAUAGCAACCAGUGUCCGCCAAGAGUAGCGAUUACACAUUGAACGGACUGCCUUAUGGGACAGGCCAGACAGAGCUGGAGAGCUGGGCGUUAGUUCUCUCCUUGGGGUUUCAGAACAACUAUGAGCCACCCUGCUGUGUGUGAGUAAGGUGAGGUAGACCUCUGGACCUGGCUGCGGGGCCACCCUCUUCCUGCACAGUUUGUCUGUCCACCAGUGGCCUGACGUUCAGAGUCCUUAGCUAGCUCUGUGCACCUGCUGUCUCGUCUGCCUCCUCUGGCCUCAGCUGGCAUCUUGGAGUGGCUGUCCACACUGACCAGGAGGAGGGGCUUCACCACAUCCACUCUGAGUCACCCUUAGCGUGAAGACCAGCCUACACUGGGAGCUGAGCAGGGUGAAGCAGAACCCGGCCAUGGGAGACUGGCCGGCCGGCCUGUCCCAAGAACCAUACUGACCACACCCUCCCAUUUGUGGAGUUUCGUGCUGGGAACGGAGCUCUAGGAGAGAAAAGGAGGCCAGCUGGGGUUACGUAGACCCAUCUGUCAAGAAGCCAGAGGUCCCCCAUCUGCGUUCAGCCCAGGCAAGCCUGCCCGUUUUCAUCCUGUGGGGAGAGUAGGGAAUCAGAACUCAAGCAGUUGGGCUCCGUGGAGAGGUGGAACCUUGGAGAGCAAUGGAAUCGUUGACAGAAUCUGGGGUCCUGUGGAGCCUGCUGCUGGAGCAGGACAGCCAGCCUUUGCAGUGGUACCUGAAGAAAGUUACGGAGGUACCUGCUGGUGCGGAACUCUGUUGCUGGCAUGAAUAUGAAGAAAUCCCAGCCGUGUUAAGCCCCACUUACAAGCAGAGAAAUGAAGACUUCAGAAAGCUAUUUAAGCAACUUCCAGACACGGAGCGCCUCAUUGUUGAUUACUCAUGUGCACUCCAAAGAGACAUUCUUCUUCAGGGCCGACUCUACCUCUCUGAAAAUUGGAUCUGCUUCUACAGCAACAUCUUCCGCUGGGAAACUCUGCUGACCGUUCGUUUGAAAGACAUCUGCUCCAUGACUAAAGAAAAAACAGCUCGCCUCAUUCCCAAUGCCAUCCAAGUUUGCACUGACUCGGAAAAGCACUUUUUUACUUCCUUUGGGGCCCGGGAUAGAACGUAUAUGAUGAUGUUCCGGCUGUGGCAGAAUGCUCUCCUUGAAAAGCCCCUGUGCCCCAAGGAGCUCUGGCACUUCGUUCACCAGUGCUACGGGAAUGAGUUGGGCCUGACCAGUGAUGAUGAGGACUACGUGCCCCCCGAUGAUGACUUCAACACGAUGGGGUACUGUGAGGAGAUCCCUGUAGAAGAGAAUGAAGUCAAUGACAGCUCAUCCAAAAGCAGCAUAGAGACCAAACCAGAUGCUAGUCCACAGCUGCCCAAGAAAUCCAUCACCAACAGCACACUGACAUCCACAGGGAGCAGCGAAGCCCCCGUCUCGUUUGAUGGCCUGCCUCUGGAGGAGGAGGUACUGGAGGGCGAUGUGUCCCUGGAGAAGGAGCUCACCAUUGACACCAUCAUUGGGGAGAAGAUUGACAUCAUUGCACCUGUGAACUCCCCUUCACUGGACUUCAAUGACAAUGAGGACAUCCCCACCGAGCUCAGUGACUCUUCCGACACCCACGAUGAAGGGGAAGUCCAGGCCUUCUACGAGGACCUGAGUGGCCGGCAGUAUGUGAAUGAAGUAUUCAACUUCAGCGUGGACAAGCUCUAUGACCUCCUGUUCACUGACUCGCCCUUCCAGCGGGACUUCAUGGAGCAGCGACGCUUCUCAGAUAUCAUCUUCCAUCCAUGGAAAAAGGAAGACAAUGGAAACCAGAGCCGAGUGAUCCUUUACACCAUCACCCUUACCAACCCUCUGGCUCCUAAAACUGCCACUGUCAGGGAGACACAGACCAUGUACAAGGCGAGCCAGGAGAGUGAGUGUUAUGUGAUAGAUGCCGAAGUCCUCACCCACGACGUGCCGUACCAUGACUACUUCUACACCAUCAACCGCUACACACUCACGCGAGUGGCCCGGAACAAGAGCCGGCUCAGGGUCUCCACAGAACUGCGCUAUCGAAAACAGCCCUGGGGGUUAGUGAAAACUUUUAUCGAGAAGAACUUUUGGAGUGGGCUGGAGGACUACUUCCGCCAUUUAGAGAGUGAGCUGACCAAAACAGAGAGCACCUACCUGGCUGAGAUGCACAGACAGUCUCCCAAAGAGAAGGCCAGCAAGCCCCCAACUGUACGGAGAAGGAAGCGUCCCCAUGCCCACCUGCGGGUGCCUCACCUGGAAGAGGUGAUGAGCCCUGUCACCACACCCACGGAUGAAGAUGUGGGCCGCAGGAUCAAGCAUGUGGCAGGUUCCACGCAGACACGACAUAUCCCUGAGGACACCACCAAUGGUUUCCACCUGCAGAGCGUGUCCAAGCUACUGCUGGUUAUCAGCUGUGUGAUCUGUUUCAGUCUGGUGCUUCUGGUCCUCCUUAAUGUGAUGCUGUUCUACAAACUCUGGAUGCUGGAAUACACCACGCAGACCCUCACUGCCUGGCAGGGUCUAAGGCUCCAAGAAAGGGGUCUGGGAGCACAGAACAGCCCACUGAGCAUAACUCCAGCUGCUGGGGUACCCCCUCUUCCACCCCACAGGUUACCCCAGUCUCAGACAGAAUGGGCCCAGCUCUUAGAAUCCCAACAAAAGUACCACGAUACGGAGCUCCAAAAAUGGAGGGAGAUCAUCAAAUCCUCAGUGAUGCUUCUUGACCAGAUGAAGGACUCACUCAUCAAUCUUCAGAAUGGCAUCAGGUCCCGUGACUACACAUCAGAAAAUGAAGAGAAGAGGAACCGCUAUCAUUGACAAGGCAGGAACAGGGGUCGCUGCAAGAGGCCUGUGCAAUACAUGUACAUAGACCAUAUAUGUGUGUGUGUGUGUGUGUGUGUAUACACACACACACAUACACACACACACACACACAUAUAUAUAUAUAUUAUAAAUAUAUGUAUAUAUAUAUUAUAUACAGAUUUUAAAUAGAGAUAAUGCCUAUGUACCAGGGAGAAGGAGCAGAACUGCCUCCUGUGCUGGCCGGUGGAGGGGCCGAGGAGGGCAGGGACCAUCUCUCAGCACCGACCUCCCCUGAUCCUCCUCCUCCCCAUCCUCUAGUCCCCACCCUUUCCCUUGCUGGCCAUUCUUGGCUCUGAGAAGGGAAAUGUUGUUGAGCCAAAGUCAUGCCUGUGAAGACCCUGGGGUCUUGAAAAGAAGUCUCAAGGGGGCAUUGCUUAAGGUGCUUCAUUUCCUAAUCCACAUUUGAUUUGUUCCCAAAAUAAAACCUUUUCUUCCCUACCCCACGCUUCCCCAGGUGUUCUCUUGGGAACAAGGAAGCAUCAAGGGCAGGAGCCCAAUCUAAACUCUACUGUAUUAGGCCACCCCGUUUAUAUGGACCAUAGACCAAGAAAGAGGCUGGUGGAGAUGAUUGCUGGAAAGCUAGCAAGGCUGCACUUGUGGGUUUGGGCCUUGUAGCUGCAGGCUGCUAAGGACUUGUGUUUUGAAGGUAUUCUCCUCGCUCACCCCCUGCACCUUCAUCUAACCUAUGUCAGAUGGGAAUUUCUUACUUCCCCACCCCCUCUUCUCUCUGGUCUUCUCCCAGGCUGGAUCUGGGUGAAGUGUCAUUUUUUUAGUGCCUAAAGCUCCUUUUUCUCUGUGCCCUAAGAGCACAUCGUUUAUUAGCCAGGGGGGAGCAUUUUCGAUCUUGUUAAACCUCUUUUAGUGGUUAUAAGCAUGUCCAGUCUAUGGCUCUAAUUCCUUCACUUUGAGUUGUCAGUUUGGUUUCCAGGAUGAAUCAGGGUGUUGUAGGACCUCCAGCGUUUGAGAGCGCAAAUACCCUAACAAGGUGGGAUUGUAGGGUCUAACCACAGAAUGCUGUGUGUAUAGUGCGCACCAAUAUCCAAGCACUCAUUUGGCUUCCGGCCUCAUUUACUCUCAGUGAAGAACCAACUUUAGUCAAGGGAGAUAACUGUCUGAGACACUUGGCACGUGGAAGAAGACCCAAGCCCUUGGAGGGAAAGGAUUCGGCAAAGGUGCAUUGCAUCUGGGCACGAAAAAGCCAGGUGGAGUCUGGCCCAUGGGGGCCAUUCUAAAUCCUCAGUUUCUCAGACAUGGGAUGGGGAACUCUGGCAGAGGGAGCAAAGCCUUCUCUACUUGUUGACCCCAGACAGGUAUGAGAUCACUAAGGAAUAGAGAGAAGACUUUAGGAUAGGAGAGUGAGUCAUCCAGGGCCAAAAAGGGCUAUGGGUCCUUAGGACCCAUACAUUUAUCUUCCUUCGUGGGACCCUCCUGGGCACGCUUAUUACCUUUCAUACACUAGCUACUAUUGUAUUUCUCCAUCUAAUAACCAAGGGAAUCCUGCCAGCCCCAGGUAGAGCUUGAAGAGAUUCUUGAUCAGGAAAGGAUCAUACCAAUUUGGCAAGGACAGCUCCUCCAGAUCUCUUGUUCUUCUAGUGAGCCUCUUCAUGCAAGGGGCAGAAGGAAAGGAAGAUUGAAUCACUGAUCUAGCCCAAGAGAAGAGCAAUGUGUCUUCUUCUCUUGGAAUGGCCUGAGCAUCCCACUUUGGCAAUGAAAAGUUUUUGACUUUUUGGUUAAUCUGAGAUUAUAGUCUGAGAAUAUAACCUUAUUAUUUGCCCUACGGGCAGGAUGAGAAGACAAAAAGAUACAUGACCAGGUCCCCCCCCCCCCAGGGGAGUAGCAUGAGAAGGCUUCAUGGGAUCAGCUAGAAUUUAUAUUCCUCCCCUAGGAAAGGAGUUGAAUAUAAUCUUUGUGGAAGGUGUGUAUGCUCACAGGCCAGUGAGUCACUACUCACUCUUGUCCAGGACUUUGAAUGGGAGAGCCUAGUGAGGUUCAAGGCUCGUAGGCUCUGAGCCAAAGGAGGAACAGUGCAGACUGCUAGAAAUUUCCCUAUUGGAGAAGCCAGAAGUCAAAAUUAUUCCCAGAAGGUUUUGAAAGCAAAAAUGGUAAAUCCUCUAAUUUAUUCCAUUCAUAUUUAUUUUAAUUAUGCAGUUAUUAACGGUCCCAUGUUGGGAUCUUUGGGAUGACUUAAAAAGGGUGCUUUGCUGGGAGUAAAGUGAUAUAAGUAGACCUGGCUAAAUAGUUGUUCUGCUUCUGUUUUACCUCUCAGGCCCAUUCCAGGGAGGAAUAGGCAACAGGGAAGGAAGUACUUAUUUUGUCCAAAGAACCCUCAUGAUUUCUGGGGAUUUGAACCCAGGAGACAAUACGUUCCAUUGCCUCAUUGCUAGGGAUCGUGGAACUCUUAUGGGUGUUCUCUGUUCUAAUUUUUUUUUUUUUUCAAAUCAGGAGAAAACCAACUUUAUUCACUCCAAAACAAAGCUUUUCACCCUUAUUCAGUAACCUGUCAAAAGGAAGGGCACUCACACUUGCAGAUAAGUUUGGGAAUGAAACACAUAAAUACCAUUGUAACUCAUGGCCAGUAGCCUGGCUUGUAGCUGUCUGCAAGGGAACAUCAAAACCAUCACCUCUUACGUUAUUUCUUCCAGCCAGUGCUUUUUUUGUGUUUGUUCAUUUAAGAACUUGAGUCACAUAGGAGUCUUUCUGUGAGAAUUCAUCUGGUAAAACAUUUGAGAGCUUGUACUCAAUUUCAAAGAUUUUGCAAAGUUUCUAACCAGGUGAAGAACAGCUAUAGGGUCUACACUUCCACACCACCUUCUAUGGAGGAGUUAACAAUAUUGGCCUUGGAGAAGCCAGUCCUAUCUGCACCUUUCCUCUUUCCCCCAUCCACCUCCCUAGGACAAGGGGAAAACGUCCUCGGCCAGCAAGAUUAGCAACUUGAAGCUCUCUGUGAGAGCACUGGGCUGAGAAUGAGGAGGCCUGGCCUGAGUCCGAGCACUGCUCUUGGACAUGUCACUCCCCGUCUCUUAGCCUGUCACUAGGGUAGGCUCUAGCUUUGGCAUAGUCUUGGAGGCUGUAUCAGAGACUGACAAGGCUGGGCUUUCUUAGACUUGGAAGUUUCCCUUCUGGGCUAGACCUCCCCUGGUAGUAUCUGAUUUCCCAGAAAAUUCAGGGUAGUUAAACUUUCUUUUUUUUAUUGGCUAGGAGGUUAGGGAGACCCAGUGAAAGGGAGAGGAGGGGGAGAGAGGGAAGUAGAUAUGUGGUGGGGGGAGGGAGAGAGAUUAGGCUUGCAGAAUUGCUAAGAUGGUGUUUUUUUCCUUUGUUGGCCUAGUCUUAGUUUGGGAAGGGACCUUCCUUUGGACUUUCUCUAAACUAGGAGAAAGAGGUAAAUGGCAAGAAGGCACCAUCUUGGAUAGAGCCCAUUUUCCAUCCCUAGGCUAUGAAGCCUUUCAUCUGCCCAUCCUUCCUCCUCCUUGCUAGAAAAAAACAGUGGAGAGAAGUCAUUCCGGGUUCUAGCACUUCUCUUUUGGCUCAACUCAAACCUUGUUGAAGUUUGGAUUAAGUGUGAAGCUUUGGCUGAAAUCUUUGGGUUGCCUUAGAGCGCUGACAUUACAAACCUGGGAUUACAGGUAGUGGGGAGGACCAAGAAACCUCAAGAGGAAUGCUUUGAUAGAAGUGGAUUCUAUCUAUGUCCUGUCCCCAACCCAGGCGUGCACCAUGUCCAAUACAUUCACCGGCAACAUCUCUAGGGUGAAAUCCUGGAGAAAGGACUAGAGGAAGAAUCUUUCUGGACUGUUGUAGUCUCAGAAGGAUUCUUCCUGUGCCUUACUAUGCUGCAGGGCAGCCAAAGCCAACCCUUCUUCCCUGCCCCCAAACCCACCCCGAGAAAUAACACUCUUCACUCUUCCUCGAGGUGGCAGGGCUGUGGGUGUCUCUCCCCACACCCCCUGACUCUGCCUGCCCACUACAGUACAAAACUUGAGAACCUGUCUUCCCAACUCUCCCCUCCCGCAUCCCUUGUCUCUAGGCUGUGGGACAGUCGUCCCAUCUACCACUUGACAUCCUCUACCCCAAUUCCCCAACCUGCAGCAGACUAGUCCCACUCUCCUCCACCUCUAUGUUUUCUUCCAGAAGAUGCAUUUUGGGUCUGAGAGGAACGUUUUUCUGGAAGGCCAUCUUUGAACGCCCCUGCUUUCCUGAUGUGGAGCAGGAAUUUGCACACGGUGUAGAGAGCUCCCCUUCCCACCUCUCUGCCCAGCUUUGUUACCUCACUCUUGCUCUGGCCAACUCCCUGUUUUGGUGUUCUGUGUGACAGCUCAGGGGACUUGGGCAUUGUUUUCUGUUGUGACUUGAGGUCCUCAGCAGGCCUGGGAGCCCGGAUUGGAGCCUUGGUUGCUGGCGAGAAGCACCUUGCCUGCUAAGAGGAGCUGAUGGCGGAUGAUCUACCCGAUACGUGAAGGCAUAAAGAACGUUGUCAUCUCUGCCCCUUGGCCCUCCUUGCUUCUCUCAACACAAUGACACUGCAGAAACAAAAUGGUGGCCUCUGCUCCAGGCAAGACAGCUGGCUGUGUCUGGGGAGUUGGCCCUGGGCUUGGGUGCCACAAGCUGAGACUGCAUAGUAAAAGCAACCAUUUUUGCCAACAAUAGUUUGUGGCUCCCUACAUUUUCCUAUUCUGCACUCUAGGGCCAGACCACUCUCUGCAUGGACCAGAUCAUCUUCCCAAACCCAUGGUGCUUCCCCUCUCCCCCCACUCAACCUAGACUCCAAGGUGGGGAGGGAUGGGCCAGAGGCCAUAGUGGCCUCUGGAUAAUCCUGACAUGGGUGGAGUGGGGUGAGGCAGAGGGAGCAGCCCCCAACACCUGCACUGGGCCAUAUCUGGGAAAGAACACAGGUUGAUUGCAGUUGAGUUGUCUGGCCAUCUGUACUUGGAUCUAUAACUGUACUUUGCCUGGCGCUGUGCGCAAGGUCUGAAAACUUACUGCUAGUACCUAGAAAACAUACAAGGCUUCCCAGCCAAAUCUUAAUGUAAAGUAGCUAGAGCCAUGGAAGUACAGUAUGAAUUAAAAGAAAAAAGUAUUGAACUACAAAUAA